CUGGCUGACUCCCUGUGCUCCACCCUGGGGCCACAGGAUCGGUCCAGCCGUCUGGGGCAUUCCUGAUUGUCCCCGGCUCCCGGGACUCUGGGUCCCCGCCGGCGAGCCUUGCAAAAUGAAGCUGGUUUUGCUGUUACCAUGGGCGUGCUGCUGCUUGUGCGGGUCGGCGCUGGCCACCGGCUUCCUUUACCCCUUCCCGGCAGCAGCCUUGCAGCAGCACGGCUACCCCGAGCAGGGCGCCGGCUCCCCCGGCAACGGCUAUUCCAGUCGCCGGCACUGGUGCCAUCACACGGUGACAAGAACAGUGUCCUGCCAGGUGCAGAAUGGCUCUGAGACGGUGGUCCAGCGAGUCUACCAGAGCUGCCGAUGGCCUGGGCCCUGUGCCAACCUCGUGAGUUACAGGACCCUCAUUAGACCGACCUACCGGGUUUCCUACCGCACGGUGACUGCGCUGGAGUGGAGGUGUUGCCCUGGAUUUACCGGGAGCAACUGUGAAGAGGAAUGUAUGAACUGUACCCGACUUAGCGACAUGAGUGAGCGGCUGACCACGCUGGAGGCCAAGGUCCUCCUGCUGGAAGCAGCUGAGCAGCCUUCAGGCCCAGACAAUGACCUGCCACCCCCGCAGAGCACCCCACCAACCUGGAACGAGGACUUCCUGCCAGAUGCCAUUCCCAUAGCUCAUCCAGGGCCCCGGAGGAGGAGACCCACAGGGCCAGCUGGACCUCCAGGACAGAUGGGACCACCUGGGCCUGUGGGACCUCCAGGUUCCAAAGGUGACCGGGGCCAGACAGGAGAGAAGGGCCCAGCGGGACCUCCAGGUCUCUUGGGGCCACCAGGGCCACGCGGACUUCCCGGAGAGAUGGGCCGCCCUGGUCCACCAGGCCCUCCUGGCCCAGCAGGCAGCCCUGGCCUCUUGCCAAACAGCCCUCAAGGUGUCCUUUAUUCCCUACAAACACCUACAGACAAGGAGAAUGGAGAUUCCCAGCUGAACCCUGCUGUUGUGGACACAGUGUUGACAGGCAUCCCAGGUCCCCGGGGUCCCCCCGGGCCCCCUGGUCCCCCAGGACCACAUGGCCCCCCAGGACCUCCAGGAGCACCUGGAUCCAAGGACCCAGUGGAUGAACAGGUUGUGACAAAGCCGUCUAGUGAGCCUGGUCCGAAGGGAGAAGAGGACAAAGCCACCACUGCAGAGGGCGAGGGUGUGCAGCAGCUUCGGGAGGCCCUGAAGAUCCUGGCAGAGAGGGUCCUUAUCUUAGAACACAUGAUUGGGGUCCACGACCCCCUGGCCUCCCCUGACGGGGGCUCCGGGCAGGAUGCCGCCCUGAGAGCCAACCUCAAGAUGAAGCGGGGAGGCCCUCAAUCCGAUGGCAUCCUGGCUGCCCUGCUGGGCCCUGACCCUGCACAAAAGAGCGCAGACCAGGCUGCUGACCAGAAGAAGUAAGAGUCCCUCUCCUCCAGAGGAAGCCCAGCCCUGGGGCGGAACAGAGGCUGCAUCCUGAAAACACCCCAAGUGGGACUGGGCACCAGGCAGGGACGAUUGUGAAGGACGUUGGGAGCCUGGGGACCUUGGGGGAGAGAUGGUGCCUUCUUCAAGGAUCAGAGCCCAGCGCUGACUAGCACCCUGACAGAGCCCUUCUUUUG